CACUCCCGAGGGUUACUAUCCAGCUAAGAAGCCGUACUACACAUGGUCUAUCUCGCUUAGAAAAUGCAUUUUUAAGGUUUAAUGAGAUUAGUUUCAUGCAAAAAAGAGAGUUUCAAGCUAGUAAAAAGAGAUGUCUUUCAAAUUUAGAGAGCCCAAAGAUUUUAGCUCAAUGUACCACGACUGUACUGGUCCUGGAUGUACCUUUUGUAGUUGGAGAGCGGAGCACCCCAUCAGACUUAAUUGGGAGUCAGUUUUUGAUGAACCAGAUGACCGUAUCGUUGGUGGAAUACAAGUAACCAGCUCCCAAAUGGGCGAUCCCUACAAGGCCCUGUCAACGCAACAAACUGACGAGUAUUUGAACCAAUUUGAAGAAAAUCUAUUGGAUUUCCCUCCGAUAAGUGAUGAUUUGCUCACUCAAGUCGACUAUUUAAUUGAUGCUGCUAUAACCAAUUCUCAAACUGCAAGCUUUGACUCCACUACUGGUACUACUUCCACCACUGCUGUCACUGCUGUCUCUACUACAGCUACAGUUUCUCAUUACGCUUCCCCAAAAAAACAAAAAUAUAUUGAUAGUAUUAAGAAAAGCAGCAUUCCGCAAAAAACUAAGAGUUGUACACAAUGGGCUGUCAAGUUAUGGAUUGACUGGGCUAUGUCAAGAAAUAAAGCGCUACUAGCUGGAGAAAACGCAUUCAGCACCUCUAUCAAUGACCUAACAGUGGCAGAAAUGAAUUUUUGGCUUUCAAGAUUCGUUUUAGAAGUAAGGAAACAAAGAUGUAAACAACCUUACCCUCCUAACACUUUAUACCAACUAAUUUGUGGGUUACAGCGCCACCUCAAAGAGAAUGGAAGGCCAGACGUUAAGAUAUUUGAUGACCCUGCCUUGCACGACUUUCGAAGUGAUGAUGUGCGAUCUUUUGCUGAGCCUGCUGAACCUGUUCAGAAAAGCAAAGAAACCGAAACUGCUCAGAAGACCAUGCUGCCUACUAUUUCUAUUUCUGGUGGAACUAAUAUAACAAUCAAUUUGUCUUCUAAUUAAUUUUGUGCUUAAGGG